CAAACACGUCUUCUUUUUUUUUUUCAGACACCGACUUACGCGCCGAGGCCGCUAAGCUCGUUCUCGGCAGGACCACCGCGGAGACCUCCGGCAGUUUGCAGCCUCCGCGUGCACGUGAUACACUGCUGCCAUGGCUAAGUGUGCCAACCUACUCAAGUUCUGCCUAGUAGCUGCCACUAUGAUUGCUGGAUCUAGGGCGGAUGGUUCCCGCAAAGAAGAUAAACAUUCCCACAAGUACAACAUUCGCCUUGCCAACGGGACAAGCUUUGAGAUUACCACACAUGGUUUCGAAGAGUUUUCAAAGUGCCUACAGCGUGGAGCAACAAAGGGGAACAAUUCCGUAGAUAUCACCAAGUUUAACAAGUGCGCUCGGGAUCUCUACGACCGUGUCCAGUCAAAUAUCACAGAUCACCUACGCAUCAGGGACGUCGGUGAACUGGGGCCGGCGUUGCGAAACCUGUCUUCCCUUCACCGGCUCAACGGCAACAUCGUAAAGAACCUGGAAGCGUUGCAGAACAGCUUCCAGAGGCUGUCCCUGCCACCAUCCACUGGCGCACCAGGCAUCGAACCGUUGCAGCGAACACUGCAGUCAGCGAGCGAAGCCUUCCGCAACAUGUCAAAGUCUGUGACCUCAGGCGCCGCCCUUCAGACGGUGGUGCACAACUUCAACCGCACGCUACAUACAUUCAACAGCAUCGCAACGGCAGGCGUGAAUGCCAUGACUCCCACGGCCAAUCAGCUCAUGCACCGAUUCCAGGAAGACUUGAAGAACAUCCAGAACGUGACCCGGUCUUUGCCCAGGACAGAUGUUGCGCGGCUCACGGAGCAGACGAGGGGCAACCUGACCCUGCUAGUGCGCAACCUGACCGGAGCUCUGCCUGUGCUCAUGCGAAGGGUCGCCACGCAGGGAGCCGAGAGCACGCGGCCACUGAGGGAGUUUGUGACCGUGCUCUCACACAAUCUCAGGAACGCCUCGGUCGCGCUCUCAAGUAGCGGCCACGCUAGCGGCAACUCAACCGGCAACGCGCUUCCGACGGCGGGGCACGACCUGCUGCAGGCGUACGACGGUUUCCAGUUGGCCGUCAACAACGGAAUGCUCGCGAUGUCCGAUUUGGUGCGCGGGUCACUGAAACUUGUGAACCCGGCCAACUGGCACGUUGGCCGGGUCGCGCAUGGCAUUGGAGAAGGACAAACGCCACAAGCUGGCAUCAAUAAGUUCAUCGGGCAGCUCUUUAGGAGGAGAGGUUAAGUGUGUAGUGUAGUUGCAUACGUGUACAUGGUUUUUUUCACAAACCGUUGGUGGUGACCACGAAGUGCCAGGUCGAAGCCACCUGCCAUCUCCGUCCUCAUCAAGCUCAGUGGUCAGCUUUUCUAAACAGAAGUCGAGUAUGUGUUCACAGAGGUAUCCAUGUAGCCAUUUCAUAGGAAAGACAGACGAAUACGGAUCGCUAUACAGGGAAAUGUAAAACUUCAAAGGUUUGAGGAUCCAAGAAGUGCUGUUUUGUAGAGCAUGUGUGAAUGACUUCUUUCUGCUGCUCUUAUGAUGGGGAAUACAGUGCUAAUUCAAGCAACGUUUAGGAUGAAGACCCUACGUUGCACUCGCUUGACGGGGCUCUUUUCGCAGCUUAUAUAUCAUAAUACGCAAUUUUACAAGCGGUGGAUUGGAAGGAUAAAGUUAAACUCAUCGGCAUGGAAGAAAGUCAGACUUUCUUUUCGACCUUCGUAACUUGUCUGCAGGUUGUGACAGGACUAUUCAACAUGUAUGAACAGGUGAGAAAGUCAUAAUAUCGGACAACUAUUUGAACGAAGCGCACUUGUUACCUCGGAUAACAUAAUUAGAUGGAUUGCAUGUGUUUAGUCGUAUGCAAUUACUUAUUCCCAUCCCAAUUCCCAUGGUUAAAACACCUUGCCUUCGCGAAAACUGUGACUAAUUUCGAGCUUCAAGGACCCGAAAAAGUAGUAAUGUAAAAACGUGUCUGCACUUGUUACAUGUGACUCGCUAGCAUACAACGUUUUAUCGUGAGAAUGUCUCGAAAUAAAUA